AUGAAGAGAAGGAAUCCAACCAAGAGAAAUUAUACCAAGGUGGGAAAGGUUUUUAUUCCUGGACUGCCAGCUCCCUCUCUGACGAUUUCCAACACAAUGCCUCGGCCCAGUACUCCACUUGAUGGCGUUUGUACUCCAAAGCCUCUUAGUAAACUCCUUGGAUCAUUGGACGAGGUUGUUCUGUUGUCCCCAGUUCCAGAACUGAGGGAUUCUUCAAAACUUCACGAUUCUCUCUAUAAUGAGGAUUGUACUUUCCAACAGCUUGGAACUUACAUUCAUUCUAUCAGAGAUCCUGUCCAUAACAGAGUCACCCUAGAACUGAGUAAUGGCUCCAUGGUUAGGAUCACUGUUCCUGAAAUUGCCACCUCUGAGUUAGGUAUGAUUGAGAAGUUUCAUUUAUAA